AGCCCAGCCCCCUCGGCGUGCGGGGCGGGGACGGGACGGCGGCGGGAGGCUCCGCAGCGGCUGCAGCCCCAGCAGCAGCGCCGGCGCCGCCGAACCCCGAUGCCACCCCUGCAGCGGCUCGCCAGGGAAGAUGGCGCCGUCCCACGUCCUCAAGUGCUGCCAGAGGGUGCUGGCCUGGGUGCCCGUGGUCUUCAUCGCCCUGGUGGUGGCCUGGUCCUACUACGCCUACGUGGUGGAGCUGUGUGCGUUUACGAUUACCUCAACUGGAGAAAAAGUUGUCUACCUUGUGGUUUUUCAUCUGUCAUUUGUCAUGUUUGUAUGGUCCUAUUGGAAGACGAUUUUUACAUCUCCUGCUUCCCCCUCCGAUGAGUUCUGCUUAUCAAAAUCUGAUAAAGAACAAUAUGAAAGAGAAGAGAGACCAGAAUCCCAGCAGGACAUUUUGAGAAGAGCUGCUAAAGACUUACCUAUCUAUACCACAACAGCAUCAAGGGCAAUCAGAUAUUGUGAUAGAUGCCAACUAAUCAAGCCUGACCGCUGUCACCACUGUUCUGCAUGUGACCUAUGUGUACUAAAAAUGGACCAUCAUUGUCCUUGGGUGAAUAACUGUGUGGGAUUUUCUAACUACAAAUUCUUCCUCCUGUUUUUAUUAUACUCCUUAUUGUACUGUCUGUUUGUUGCCGCUACGGUCUUGCAGUACUUCAUAAAGUUUUGGACACUUUGCCGCAGGAAAUCUGCAGAGAAUUGUCCAAAGAAUGAUCUGCCAGACUCGCAUGCAAAAUUCCAUGUACUUUUCCUUUUCUUUGUGGCUGCCAUGUUCUUCAUCAGCAUACUGUCACUUUUCAGCUACCACUGCUGGCUAGUCAGCAAAAACAGAUCAACAAUAGAAGCAUUCCGGGCACCCACAUUUCGAAAUGGCCCUGACAAAAAUGGCUUCUCUCUCGGAUGCAGCAAAAAUCUGAAAGAGGUUUUUGGAGAUGAAAAGAAGUAUUGGUUGCUGCCUGUUUUUACAAGCUUGGGUGAUGGUUGUAAUUUUCCAACUCGCCUGGUGAUUAUGGAUCCAGAGCAACUUACUGUCUCAAGCCAAAAUGAACCCGCCAAAAGUUCUGGAGCCAAUCAGCCCUUUCCUGUCAGGCCACUCAGUGAGUCACAAAAUCGAUUGUUGGACAAUGAAAGUCAGUGGGUGGAAGGUGGCUCAGAAGAAGAAAAUGUUAAAUCAGGUGCAAAAAAGCAUGUUAUAGUUUCAUUGGAAAGCUGAUCUCAGUCUGUUAAUGACCAAUUAUCUCAAUGAGAAAAAGGUUUCUGCGACACAUUUGUGCUUGAAUAUUAAUUUUGUUUGGAAGAUGUUGCUCAGUAAAAUGGAACAGUGUGAACAUGUUAAAGAAGAUUUAUGAGAAAUUGUUUUUGUACAGUACAAUGGACGCUUAUAAGCACUGCUGCAGAGCAGGGAAGUAAGACAGAUGCCUUAAGAUUAUUAAUAUGCAUUUAUGCAACAUUGACUUAUAUACUGCUACAAAAGAGCCAAAUCCUGAAGUGUCCUACGUGGGUGAGCAAGGCCCAAACAGAGCAGAAACUAUGCAUUGCUGCUGUGGGGGGAUAGAUCUGCCAAGACCCAAGCAGGCAGAUGCCGUAUUCCUGUGCACUGCAGAAGUUACUUCCAUAGCAGGUCUCCAGGGGACCAAGAAAGGGGAAAAGUGGAUGUGUUGCCCACAAACACAGAGCAUGGCCAGUGAGUCUCCACUGUGUAGCUACAUGGGACCCAAACAUCACGUAAGAGAAGAGCAGCGCGAUGUAUCUUCAUCUCUUCCUAGUACCCAGUGGUAGCUGGUCACACACUUACUACCCCUGUACCCUGGCUCUGUAGUGCUGUGGGGGUUAAAAACGCCUUCCUUCAGCCCUGCUUUGUUGCAGCAAAAUGCCAAGCAGAUAAAGCUCUUUCACUUGGGCUCCACUUGUUUGCUUCAGGAUUGGGCCCCCUAGUAAUUUGAUUUAUUUAAUCCUAUCAGGAAUGUGACUCCUUAAAGUGACCAUUUAGAUAUAGUAACCUGAACAAUAAUUUUAUUUUUCCUACAGUUGCCUCUCAGCAUACAAAACAUUGUCAAUCCAGAAAGGAGCUAACAAACUAGUACAUUUUUCUGUUAGGGGUGCAAAAUGGGAUGUACAAGGCAGUAACAGAGCAGCAAGAUCCUAGUGGCAGCAGAAAACUUAUUGUAAGUUUUGUACUGUAUUGGAAAAUGAAACUGGAGGAAAUUACUGCUUUUUAUAUUUAACACUUGAUGGUUUAUAAACAUUGUUUUAUAUUUGCUUUAGCUUUUUAAUAAAAACAGAAGGUUGGUUUUUUUUUAUUGUUGGCUCUAAAGUACCAUUUAGACACAGUUCAAGUAUCUGUGAUGAAAUGUAAAUGUUGGAUCAUGCAUUUGGGGAAUGUAUUGGAAGUUUAUUUUAUGCUUUAGUCUGUUGUCUUUUACUUUCAUUUUAAGUGGAAGUGACUGAAAAAUAGCUGAAAUAAGCACUUUACAUAAUUCUUUAUCUUGUUCAUGAAAGGCAAGUUAAAUGUUUCCUAUGUAGGGAAUAUAGUCCAUCCAAAGCUCGAGACCCACAGCAAACAACAUAUCCACAUUUCUUACUCCUAUUUAGAAAAGACUACUAAUGAUAUUUAUUUUUCAGUGGUACUGACAUUGCACCCAGCAAACUUGAAAAAUGUCCCUUACUUGUCAAUUUCUAUAUUCCAUUAUAUGGCAUCUGCUGAUCCUGAAUAGGUGCAAUUGGGUCCUCUUGAAACUGGGACUGGACGCAGCAGAGCAGUUUAUCUGGGAUGAAGGGACCCACCUAUGUGUUUUUGUUCCUGGGCUGAUUACUUCCAAAACUGAACGUGUAUUUUAUGAAAACACUAAGGUUAAAGUUGGGGCAGGAUUUUGCUCUCACAGGGCCCUUAAGUCCUCUCUGGAGUUAAAAUGGUACCUAUUCCUUUAUAUUUUCAAGUACUGCUUAAAGUGGGAGGGAUCUGAGAAUUUUUAAGCAUGCUCUGGUCACUAGCAAGUGUACUCAUGGAAGGAAAUGUAAUGGUCCAAAAUUUCACUUUUCAGAAGUCUUGCAAAAUGUCUCUCAAAAUUUUGUACUACUUUUGUACAAAAAGUGUAGCACCUACCAACUUCAGAAUUCACAAAAAACAUCAUAUGCCUUCUUUUGAGCUACAAACCCCUUUUCCCUGAAAUCUUUCAGCCAGUCUCAAAUAUUGGCAACUUCUGCUUAACUGAAAAUAAAAAAAAAAACAAGUCACCAAAUUCUAGCAAUCAACAUGUUAGGUUUGGAAAGAGAGAUCUCUCCAUCAAAAUAUCCUAUGGCUUGUCGGUCUCAACCCAGUGAGACCGACAAGACCCUGAUUUCAUCUCCCCUCUUCCACUGACGGGUAUUAAGAGCUGUGAAGCACCCCAAGCUGUCAUUAUAGAAAACAUGACUAUGGGUAUUUCCCCCUGCAUUUUACAGAUGAGCGAAUUGAAGAUCUAAGAGGCUGCAGAGGGUCAUUUCUGGCAGAUCAGGGACUAGAACCUAGGUCUCUACUGUGGCAAGCUCUCACUUAACAGUACUGCCUUUGAGUCUAAAAACACUGUGUUAAUUGUAUCUGUUCAGUAUACCAGUAUAAUUGCAUCCACACUAGAGGCUAACACCAAUUUAACUAUAUUGGCUGCUAAACUAAUACAAUUUAAAGCAGUACAAAAGCUGCGUAUAGACAAGCCCUCUGAGAUUAAGCCAAAUGUCUGUGUGUGGUUUCCAGUGAGCAGUGAGUUUCUUUGGGAGUAUUUUUUCCUCUGCAUCUCAGAUAAGCCACUAACAAUGAAUUGAGACUUCCAUACAGAAUUGGUGCUACUGAUAUAUAGAUCUGGAUACAGAUAAAGAUAGAUUUUUAGUGCCAUAGUUUGCCAGAUUUUCUGAUGUUUUGAGUAAGACUAGUAUGAGAGUAUCACACUCUUGAUUCUGGUGAAGGAGGAGCUCUGCUUGGAUGUAAAAGCAGGUAGUAUCUGAGGCCACUUUUACAGGAUGUAAAACAUCAGUGGGUGGUUCAACAAAGAGCCCCCUGGUUCAGCUCACCCUUCUUGGAGAAGUGAUUGCCACAAAAAAGACCAUAUUGAUGGAAAGGAAAUACCAUGAAACUGAUCUUAAAGGGUGCCCAACUAUGGACUCCUAGAACUAAAUAGAAUCCACUGGCCAAAGUGGUGCAUCUCUCUGAUACAGGGAGUCACCUUUGCUGUCUUUUUUGAGAACUGACAUAAGAGCUCUGGGUAUACAAUAGGUACAGCAUCUGAAACAGGAUCAAAUCUUCCAGGCUGUCAUUUGGAGAGCAACCCUAUUGGCAGUUUCCCAUGCAUAGGCAAGAGCACUCUGUACUUGAGUGAAGGAAAGUGAAUUAAAGGCAGAAGGGGAGAGAGCCAGCAAUAAAAAAUAAA